GAAACUUUCUUUUUUCAUCGAAACAAAACAUCAGCACCAGCGACUAGCACAGGACCAUCAUGACCGACUUUGUCAGCAUCACCGUCGUCGUUGUGAUCAUUUUCAUGGUCUUUCGAUGGCUUUCAGCCUCAGGAGAUAAUGCACAAUCUAACAGACAAGCACAGAAUAGAGGUAGAAUCACUCCUCGAACUCAGACACGGCUCGUUAACCCAGAAAUGGUCGAACAAGUCAGGAUGAUGUUCCCUAAUAUCCCAACGGCGGCUAUUCAUUAUGAUCUUCAGAAGACUGGCUCAGUAGAGCAAACCUGCGAUAAUAUUUUAAGAGAUGGCGGCACCCUUCCAAUGCCACCUGUAGCACGGCCAUCUACGCCUCCUGUCGCAUCAACUUCAUCAGCUCCGGCUUCGGGAUCAUCUUCAGGGGUAGCAACAAACCAAUCUGUAAAUGGCAAUCUGGUUCAGCGCUUCAAAUUGCAGGACGCUGUUGAGAAAAACUAUGUGCCUGAAGAACCACAGAAGAUCUGGGGAGAUAAUGCGGAGAAACGUCAGGAGGUUUUCAAGAGUCGAAAGGAGUAUAUGGUCCUGCAGGCUAGGAAACGAUAUCUGGAACAGCAAGCACGCAAGGCAAAGGAAGCUGAGGAGGCUAAAGCAAAGGAAGUCGAGUCAACUGCAUGAGUUUUUGUUCAAAGAUCUAUUAAUCUGAUAUGAUCUGCUCUGCUCUGCUCUGCUCUUGCUUUUGUUGUGCUCUGACUUGCUUUGCUUUGCUCUGCACUAUGUACGAUUUGCUGACAGCGAUGGACAAAGUGGUUCUGAUUGUUAUUCAGUUAAGAUUUAAC